AGUGGAUUUUUCCGUUUUGUGAUAAGUCCCGGAUGAUCGCGGGUGGUAAAGAUUUUUUUUUGGGUUUUGAUAUCAGCUGAAUUGGGGAGUGAAAAUUUGAUUUAUUUUGGAAUAUCCGGAGAAAUCUUGCCAAAACUGAGCCGUUUUUGCUGAGAGAGAUUAAAUUCAUAAAUGGUCAGCCCCAGAAAAAGGAAGAAAAAAUCAAAAGUUUAAUCACAUGUGAAUACCUGUGAAUUGUGUGUUUAGUAGUGUCCGGUGUGGAACAGAAUGGACCCGGAUGCUGAAUUUUGUGGUUGGAAAAAGCGAAAAUGUCCGGCGAAGAGUACGAACCAGUUGUUACUGAACGGAAACUUUUUCUCUCGAUCAAAAGUGUCUCCAGCAGCUGCUGCAAGCGAAGAACCUGUCAAUGAAUUUCGUUUGUGUUAGGAAGCCGGAAGUAGCAGCAGCCGCAGUUGCAGGAGUAGUUGAGGUGGAGGAAGUGGAAAAAGUGCAAAAGAAGCAGAACCGAAACAGUAGGGCACGGUGUUGUCGAACGGGACUGGUAACAUCUGUGGCGGGGACGGCAGCCAGCUUCCUACGGAAAUCGGGUUGCAGGGACGACGGUGGUGGUGGUGGUAAGUCUUCAUAGCACGGCCGGUUCAACCUCACUGCUAGCAACCGAAGUCCGCGGCUAGUAGUAGUUAACCGUGCCCGGCGGAGACUAAUGCAGUGGAGGAAGUUUGCUCGGCUGAAAACGACUGCUACUGGACAUUCGCGUACGCGGAGGAUGCUUUGUUGUGGCCGAAGAAAGGAAAAUGGAAGAUCAGUGCCUGACCUCACUGCUAGUCCGGGGCGAGCGCCGCCCGGACCGAUGCCCUCGCACCAGGGCCAGGGAAUGCAACAGCAGCACCACCAGCAACAUCAGCAAGGUGGCCACAUGCAGCAGGGUGGAGGCCACCAGCGUGGCAUGGGUGGCGGAGGACGAGAUGGAGGCGGAUCGAGCAAGGAUCCGGUGUUACUACAGGGCGACUUCCGGAAGGUGUCCGGCAUCAGUUCGGAGAUCUUCCGGCAGAUCGAGGCGGUGGAGAACGAUCACGACCCGAGCACGGCGGCCGCUUUGGAGGCGGUGGAGCGGCGCGGCGAAAUGAUAGUACGAAUCCUGGAACCCCGCUGUAUGGGCAGCCGCCAAGCCGUCGAGGCCGGCCAGAAGUUCCUCAAUCGAGCGGAUGCGCGCCAUUCGGUGCAGUUGGUGGAAAUUGUGAAACGACCUGGCCAAACAUUGGGUCUAUACAUUCGAGAAGGUAACGGUGCCGAUCGAUCGGACGGUGUCUUCAUUUCGCGGAUAGCGCUGGAAUCUGCCGUUUACAACAGUGGCUGCUUGAGGGUAGGAGAUGAGAUUCUGGCCGUCAACUUGGUUGAUGUCACGCGGAUGUCCCUGGAUGAUGUGGUGAUUAUCAUGUCCAUCCCCAGACGGCUUGUGUUGGCGAUACGACAGAGAAGAGGGGCAAGAGGUGCCAACUCUCCAGGGCCGCCUCAAAUGUCACGACCGGAACAAAAACCACCCCCAGUUGUCGUCAUUAAACGCGAUCUACGAGAUGACGAUAUGGACGAUUCGGAUCGAGGACCACGAUCGAGAUCUUCUCGAGAGCGUCGAACGGGUGACGGACGAGAAAUGACUGAAUCUCGUUCUAGACUAGGGUUAGGCCUAAACAACUACAGCCCACAGAGCGAACAACUCGAUAUGUAUUAUGCUGGAGGUCGCCCAGGCCAGCCAGUAGAAACACCAAGCUGGGGUUAUAAACCUCCUCCGCCUCCAUCGGUCAUUACUGAGCAACCCAAGGGAACUCACGGUUUCCAGACGUCACACUCGUACUACCAAAAUGCAGGCACACUCGAGUCACUCGCUGAAAAGGUACAUUCAUUCUACCCUGGAGCAAACCGUCGGAUGUCGGCUGGAACCGGAGUCAGUAUGUCUCAAUCCCACCAACGGUUUCCACGUAGUGGAUCUGACCAACACCUUCCACGGGUCGAAUACGCAGACUAUGCCUCCCUUGGACGACACACAUUGCUACGGUCUAGUUUGAAAUCCGAUCUGGUUCAGGCGGCUCCGAUUGCAGGCGGCACUUUGGACCGAUAUGGACGCUACGCGCCGCCACAGUCACAACGCACACCAAAAUACGGUCCAUCUCCUCUGGGAGCAGCCACUGGAUCACUUCAACGAAGAUCUCGUCCGGCCGUUGAUUACUCCAGUGAUACCGAAGCUACAAUCGGCCCAAGGCCUAGUUACUACUACUACAAUCAUCCCGCCAUGCAAGCUAAUACAAUCGCACGAGGUAGCACACAAGCCCUCGGAGGUGGACCAGAAUUCGCAAAGUUUAACUCACUGCCACGAGAACGACCGGGAUCACGCAUGGGACUUCGAAGUCGCAUCGGAGAUCGUAUUCAGGACGAAACUGAUGGUAAUCUAUCGGCACCAGAGUACUCUCUGCCAAUCCGGAGGGAUCCUCGUCAAGAUAUACGGCAACGAAUAACCGCCAGUCCAUCGAUAUUUACCUCCGAUGAGUACCGAGCAUGGUUACGGCGGGCUCCGAGUAGUUCGGCAAUCUACGAACAGAUGCGCGCAUCUCGUGACAUUCUCAACCAACAGCGAGCUCAUCGAUUCUCUUGCUCAGCAGAGAACAUCCACGAUGUUCUCAAAAACACGGAAAGCAUCUACAGUAGUCGGACGGCUUUGGCUGGAACCGGGGGAACGCUGGAUCGGCACAGUCUAGCGUCCGGAGGACCCCGCAUGUCUUCACUGCCAGUAAGAUCGAUGUCUUCACAGCACAUAGGUCCCUCUUCGAUACGAUCACCUAGCGUACGGCGGAUGAGGCAGCUCCUGGAGCUCACUCAAGCAGCCGGAGGACCGGGUGGUAUCCCAGGAUCAGCGCUAGCAGCGCUCACCGGCCAUCAGAGUCCGGCGCCCACUCCAAGCACAACACUCCCACGCACUCAUCGGCAGCUGGACAUCAACCCAGCCGAGUACACCAAAUACAAACUCGACAAACCUGUGGUUGAUACCGUUGGCAUCUCGGGUAUGCUCUGGAUCCAUCUGCUGGCGGGACGUGGUUUGAGGGCGAUGUCCGAGACAUCUCAGGCCCAGCAGCCGAUGAUCCGGGAUCUAUACUGCGUGCUGGAGUGCGAUCGAAUCCACAAAGCUCGCACGGUGGUACGUUCUGGCGAUUUGCAGUUCGAUUGGGACGAAUCGUUCGAGUUGGAUUUGGUGUGCAACAAGCAGCUGGACGUGUUGGUUUACUCCUGGGAUCCGCAGCAUCGACACAAGCUGUGCUAUCGGGGAGCGCUAUCGUUGAGCACCUUGCUUCGACAGUCACCCGUUCAGCAGUUGGCGUUGAAGGUUGAACCACGAGGAACCAUCUACUUGAGGUUAAGGCACACGGAACCCUUCCAGUUGUACCGUCGUCGAGGAUUGCCCAGCCUACGGGGUAAUGUUCCGGCACUGUUCGGAGCUGAUCUGGAAACGGUGGUUACGAGAGAAUCUAAAGGCGCUCCCGGCAGUGCUCCAGUUCCUAUCAUUUUGAGGCGCUGUGUGGAAGAAGUUGAGCGACGCGGCCUUGAUAUCAUCGGUCUAUACCGACUGUGCGGAUCGGCAACCAAAAAACGUUUGCUGAGAGAGGCUUUCGAGCGAAAUAGUCGAGCAGUGGAGUUGACACCGGAGCACGUACCAGACAUCAACGUUAUCACCGGCGUGCUCAAAGAUUACCUGCGCGAGCUGCCGGAGCCGCUCUUUACUAAAUGUCUGUUCCAAAUGACCGUUGAUGCGCUAGGUAGUGUCUGUCUUCCGGAUGAUCCGGAAGGAAAUGCCAAGUUAAUGCUCAGUAUUCUAGAUUGUUUGCCCAGGGCAAAUAGGGCAACUUUGGUCUUUCUGCUGGACCAUCUCUCGCUGGUCGUGUCGGCUUCCGAACGCAACAAGAUGUCCGCCCAGGCACUGGCUACGGUUAUGGGCCCCCCGUUGAUGUUACAUUCGUCAAGCACCGGCCCGAACGAUGAAAUCGAUCACGCACAACCCAUAGCAGUGCUCAAGUAUCUGCUACAGAUCUGGCCCCAGCCACAACAUUCCACCGUAGGCCCGGGUGCCGGACAUCCUGGCGGUCCCGGCCACGUUGGUACUUCAGGUCGGCGCGGCGAGCCACUAGAGCCGCGUGGAAACAAAGCCAGUGCGUUGCCAGUGGGCAGCAAAUCGGCGGUGCCUCUCCAGUCCCUCCACCACCCGCCGGGGUCGUCCAGCAUCAGCAGCAGCUCCAGCACCAGCAACCUCCUCCAGCACCCGCGUCCGCACUCGGCAGCAUCGAUGGCCGGCACAGUGUCCUCCUCGGCGGACCUCCUGGGGACGGGUAUCUCCCGUUCAGUAGCCAGCAGUCCAUCAACAACUUCCUUGGUACAACAACUCGGUCCGCAUCCGCUCUCAGCCACUCCCAGCAGUCUACAGUAUCAAUCAGUAGUGGCUCAGUUAGCUCAAUCCCAUCGAGUCUCGCAACAAGUGGGCCAACAGCCCCAUCCAUCGGAGGGCUCAGCGGUCUCGGCGGAGCUCGGCCAAUCGCCACAUCACGUCACACCCUCCCCAAGCUCUAGUUCGACCUCAUCGGCGUCCGGAUCUGGAUCCGGUACUGAUACUAUUAAACGCGGUGCUUCGCCAGCCUCAGUUAAGUUUAAAGAAUCCAGCAGUAGCUAUUCCUUGAAGUCCGACACUAGCCGAAUCCUAGGCAGCAGCAAUGGUUUAGCGAAAAAGUAUGGCAACAAUGGCAACGGAAAUAGUAAGGACAGCGAGGAACUUCAUACACUCUCCAACGGUUCCAGCGUGUCCUUUGAUCGUCAUUCGCUUUUGGGCAAUGGUGCCGGAGGUAUUUCGAAUGGAGCCAUCCGGAAGCGCGACGGAAACGGCGGCAGUAGCAUAGGCAUCAGCAAUAGCGUAACCAGCAACAAUGGACCAAGCAUCUCCACUUCAUCUGACAUUCAACUAGCGCCAUCAUCCAGAAGCAUUCUUUUAUCGUCGGAUUAUCUUUCCGGGUCCGGAUCUUCCUCAACGGCCUCGACAACCCCGUCCCAUACAGCGCUGUCGUAUGGUAAAGUUUCCGCCGUGACAUCCCUGUCUUUGACCUCAUCGGUUACAGCUGCUCCGGCUUCAUCGCUGGAUGUAGCUACUUUUAGUUUGGACGAUAAAAAUAACCUCGUAGUGUCCCCGUCGCCUUCGUCAGCCUCGGAAUCGUCUCAUCACUCGUCUAACUCUUCGCUACGAGAACGAUCUCCACAGCGAUCGCCAUCACUCAAACGACAAGAGCCAAUCGAUCGGUCCGACAGCACUAGCGUUACAACCAGCGCCACCACAAGCAGUGGAGGUUCCAGUUUCUUGUCCACAUUACGCAGCCAAACGCUUGGUAGCUACCAGUUUCCUUCGACGAACCUGAAGCUUCCUAGUCAACUGAGUGGGGAUUCGGGCUCCGGUGAUGAUGGUAGCACUUCAUCUUUGCUUCGUAAACUCGGCUCGUCUUUGUCGAGAACCAUCACUAGCAAUACAGGCACGCUACCGCUUUCGCUUGGUAGGCAAGGUUCCACGGGAAGUUCUCUAUACCAGCAGGAAGCGACUUUCUCCAGUGGAGGCAGUAGUAGUAGUAGUAGUGGUAAACCAACGAGUGCUUCUCUUAAUUACGCAAGCCCAGCGGGAACUGUUGGGGAAAAGAAUGCAGUAACGACUGCUGCAGCGGUAAGUAGUAUGAGUAUCUAUGGGACGCUUCCAAAGAAUUCUUCAAUUUAUUCGUACGGUAGCUCGUCAUCUAGUUUACUUUCGGGUACCUCAAGCUCUUAUGGCAUUAGUGAUAGGUUGAGGGCUCUGACGGGGGGUAACGUUGGUGACAACUCCAGUGGUUUGGGUUCAAGUAUUACUGGGGCAUCGGUCAGCUCUGGAACGGAUAGCGGCGCUGGAUCAAGUACUGCUGAUCUGGGUGCCAGUAAUUAUGACUAUGAAUCAUCAGGUUUUGGCUCGACGGGAUUGACUUCGUCGUACGGUACUUCGGCCUCUUCAACUUCCAUGACUACAUCUGCAACAUCUGGACUUUCGUCGUCCUAUUUCAGCACCGGAAGUGGAACUAGUCCGUUUGCUUCCAGUGGUAGUACUACUGUGGAUUCUGGAGCUACCGCAGCUUUCCGAGUGCAAUAUUCUUCAACGAACCCUUUCCUGCCAAGUUACAACCCCCCAGACAACAGUAACGGUUCAGGUAACGGUGCUAACAGUGGCAGCGGACGUAAUGGCGGGUUCAAAUCUUCAGAUGAAGAUGACGCAUUCGACAUGAAGUAAAAUCAGUAUUAAUAGAAAUAACCAUGAACUCAGUAACCAGAUUUUUUUUAGUUCCCAAUCGUAACCGUAGUUGAAUACUCCAUAAUGCAUUUUGACUUUAUAUCGACAGGCAGUUAUCCCAGGUAACAAAUCAAGAUGAAACAAUCAAAACAAACCCCGAAAAUAUACAAGCGUUUUUGUGAGGGUGUUUGUUGAAUCACAACACAGGACACACACUAUGUACGUGUUUUUACGUGCCCCUUUACACUAAACAUUCGGAAAAUGAGACAAAAUUACACACUUUAGAGUGAUUGGAAAUUGUCAAACAAAAAAAAAUCAACCGAGAAACCCUUUAGAAAACUCAACACUUCAACUAUGUUGCAAGAAACCGUUACUCACAUGUGCAUUGGAUACGCUUUAACUGUAGUCGAAUAAAUAAACAUCUAACAUAAUAACUUAAUUAACAAAACACAUACAGAAAGCCAUAGUUAAAUUUUGCUUGAAUAAAAAAAAAGACUUUUGGCGAAGGUUUUUCAAAUUUAUAUAAUACGCUGACAGCAUUUCUCGGCACAAACUGUUCAGCAAAUAAAUAAAUAAAUAAGGGAAAGGCGAUUAAAAAAACUUUUGAGUCAAACAGGGGUUUUUUUUCGCAACUGAAUGGAUUUGAAGAUCAAUUUUUUAUGUAUGUUGCAAAAUUACGAUAGUUUUUGUUUUAACGAUAUAACUAAUAGUUGCUGAGUUAAAAUGUAUAAUCCAUACCGUCAACUUCUGUUGAAACUGUCUUGAAGAACACAGGAUAAUAUUCCAUAGCAUUAGCUUUUUCUUCUUGUGAACCAUUCAAAAGUUCCGCUUUACUUUGUGCAGCUGGAAGCACCCCAGCAAUGUUUUCUGAAUAGUAAAAUCCUGUAGGUAAAACGUUUGGUUAUUAAAAGAUGGGUCAUUACUAUAUAAGCUAAUAUAAGUUUAAAGAAGAAAAAAGCGAACACUCAUGAGAAACAAACAACAAACACAAACGAAAACAAUAAGACGAAAGAACAAGACUUACUUUUACAUAUUAAACUAAACAGUAUGGAAUAAACAACAACAUCAUCAAACCACACAGAGUAUUGUCACUGAUAUUCUAUCAAACUAAAGUGUUGUAUUUCCAAGUAUUAACUCAUUCCAGCAUUUGUAGAGAAGUCGACAAAUCGCCUCGGGCAUCCUUCUCUGGUUUAUAGUUAUAAAAAUAAUCGUUUAGCUUUUCUCGAGGAAACAACAAUAACAAAAGCAUCGAAUAAAACCACAACAACAAAAAUGUAAGAUACAAUUAAGCUUUAACAACUUUGGUAAACAAACAAAAAACACGACGAAAAUUGAUAAUAUGGCAGAAAAAAAAGCAAAUACAUUCACUGAGCAACACACUAGUCAAAUCGAUAGCUUAAGAAACUUACAUGUAGAUACAACAUAUUUGUUUUGAUUUUGAAACAAUUUUGUUUCUAAUUAGUACUUUCCAUUGACCACAGUCAAUAUUUUUAUGAAUUGUGUUUGACUGAAUCCAGUAAAGAUUGCAAAUCAUGCGAAUCCUUUUGGAAUUCCUGAUUCCGUUUCUUAUUUUUGUUAACGUUAACCGAAUUCAUAGAAGAUCUCUCAAAAAUAAAUCUACUAGGCAUUUUAGUAAACUUUGUACAUUUUAGAGCAAAUGAGUCAAUUUCACAAAUUCCAUCAAAGUUUUGAUUGGAUUUCGAAUCAGAAAAAUAUAUAUGAAUAAUUAAUGCAAUCGAAUCGACAUGUGAGUUUUCGCAUGAAGUUUUCUUUAUAUUCCUAUCGUUUCCAGAGUGGAUACAUUAUCGGUACUUUACUUAACAUAGUGAAAAACAUACUAAUACUUACAGAGUAAAUCUGAGUAAUAAAACUACACACAUCCCAAACUUUUGCCUCCCGUAAAGUCAAACUUGUUACUAAACAUAAAAAAUUUACUAACCUAUAUUGGCGGUUACAUAAUCGAAACGAUUUCAACUUGUUAUACUCCAUCUAGCGCAUUGUUUGCAAAUUCUUGCUAUAAUCUAACCUUUAUGUUCCGAUUCGAUUUUAUGAUUCUUUACUCGUAUAAAUUGAAACGAACAAUUGUAAAUACGAAUAUGAAUAGUUUGGUGAUCGUUGUUGGAUUGUUGGUAACAAGAUUAAAAAUAUGUUUGCUUCAAUUUUUAACAACACAUCUCUACAACUAUAUCGUUCUUUUGUGAGCAAAAUGUUAUUGUGUAAUCAAUUUGUCUGAACUAUUUGUGCUUCAUACAAAAGAUGACGAUGUCAUGCAGCGAUGGGGUGAAAUUUUAAAGGAUUUGUUGUUAUUGUAGAAAAAAGGAUAGUUUAGUGGUUGUUUUCAAAUAGAUAUUUAGCAUAAUCUAACAAUAUAUUCAUUGAGAACUGAGUUCAAUGUUUACCGUGAGCGAAUGUGCAACUAGUCUAUUGUUUGGUCAAUGUGUCGUGGGGAAUUGAGCGAAUCUGUAAAUAGAUAGGUAACAAUUUCGUAAAGCGCCCGCUAGCACCAUUACUUCGUUACGAACCGUUACUACGUUACUAAUACUCUCCAACAGAACUCCGUUCAAGCGUCCAAUCGCCGAUCUGGGAUAAAAUUUCAGUAUAGAAGAUCAAAUAAACAUAAGAUCAUUGUUUCCAGCUUUGCAGAAAUUCGGAAAUCAUACGUCGUUGAAUUCUGAACAAAUAGCACAACUUAAUAUUAGUGAAAUAAAAAUAAACCAAACGAACUGUCAGUGCCCUGACAGUAUUUCUAAGCCGAAGGAAGAGGUAGAAGAUCGUCUCGAAGUCAGCUUGGAGCCCAGCAUCUUUUGGUUAAAAUUCAGCAACAUGGACGCAUUAUGUUCCAUCGUUACCAGCCGUUACAGAAGCGUUACUCAUUAAAGAUACUCAUACUCUUUAUCCAACCCUCAAAUACAACUUGUACACCCUUGGGAUCAUUAUAUCACUUUCUCAUAUCGUAACCAUACAUUCGAUACAAAUCCUUUAGAAACACACCUACAUAAUACACCUUCGUACACCUGAUUAGGGACUUUUUAUUGAGAGAAAACCUAUUAAGCUAGUAGUAGCUUGUAUCCAAUAUUUUUUCAACUGUUUUGUACUUGAAGCAAAAGGUAACAAUCUCAUUCAACCGAAAAAGAAAAAAACUGUAACUGAAUCUGUAACUCUUUAUUGAGAUGUAACCAGAUAAAUCGCAUAUAUUUAUAUCAAAAUUUAUAUUAAAACGAUAUUAGAUAAAAUUCCGCUAUACACAGAAACAUACACCAUAGUUAAUGGAAUCAUCAAUAUUCGAAAACAAUAUUUACAAAACAAACAAAUUGAAACACGUAAAGCGGUCUUCAGCCCACGGAAAAGCUCACAUUUAUGGCUAGGUAAUUACGUUUGGAAAUAGAAACACCACGAAAGUUAAGGAGGAAAGAAAUAGCAGCGCCUUCCAAUGACGUUUCUGCGAAGACUCCCUCGUAUGCAUCUUCAGAAUGGAAUUUUUAAGCUCAGUCCCCGGCACCAAGGGGUCGUCGGAUCGAUCAGUUAAACGCACACCUCCCGUCUAUGUAGAAAGCAAAAAAAAACAACCAAACAUCUUGAAUAGAAGAAAACUCCAAUCACACCCUAGAAUUCCUGAAGCUCGUAUUUUAUCAGCACCACCUAUUUCAGUCAGUGAACUAGAAACCAAGUAAAAAACUAGAUAGAAUAACUCUUUUAAAGGAAACUACCAUAGAAUAAACAUAAACGGAAAUAGAAACAACUUAUGUUAUGUGUAAGAUUGAAAAAAAACUAUAAUAUAAAACAGUGUGAACCAGUGCAAUCACCUUCAGUGUUACUGUUGUUAGUUUUGCAGCAGCUCAACCAGGCCGAAAUAGAAAUUAAAAAAAAAAGGAAGUACACUAACUGCAUAGAUCUUCGAUGUCCAAGCCAGCAGAUACCAAGCGAAACAAAUCCAAUAUUAAGUACCUAGAUGUCAAUAGCGGUGUUCAAACGAAUUUUAUCAGAACGAGCGAGCACAACAACCGUUUGGAGGUUAGGUGAGUUAAGGGUAGCGAUCGGAAUCCAUGCUACGGGAAAUGCGCAACCCAUUUGAAACCUAGUCGAAAUGUGAUAGUUUAGAAGUGAAGUUGGUUUUUUCAGGCGAAACAUGAUCGUAAUUUUUACCUUAGUAGGACGCAAAGUCUAAGCUCUGAACCACAUAUUUAUGGAAAAUUUUAGUUAGAUGACGUUGACAGCCAGAUGGCGCACGCGUGGAAUUCUGUCGAUUGCCAUCCGAUUUUGAACCUUGACCUUAAAAAAAGGCGACCAAUAAAUUUUUUCCACAACGUUUGUUCAAUAAUGGGCUACCGUGAUGUUGAAAUAUUGAUCUGCUACUUCAGCCUUAUAUUGUGUUUCAGGAUACGAACGCUUGACCGAACAAUGUCUAUGUAAGUUUUCUAUUGUAUUCGGUCGAUUAAAUGGCAUAUAAACCCAGAAUAGAAGGAUCGUCGAUUUAUCAAGGUUUGUCUAUCGAAGCUGUCAAAAUCAUCAAUCUCUUCGAUUGUUGCCUGGAUGAAGAAGUUCCCGGAAUGAUUCUUAAGUGGCAUUACUUUUCUUUUUUAUUAGCACCAAAAUCAUUAGUGACGACGAAUUAUGUUAGUGAGAUCUUAGGGUACGAGCACAGUUUGUUUCUUUAAAUCACUCAAAUCACCCAACCGAAAUUGGAAGUUACUAUUGAUACCAAUCCUACGUGUUCAUCUACAGGGUGACAAAAAAGUCCGGUCACACAGGAAAAUCUCCAUAUUUCAAAGAAUAAGAAGAAAAUCUGAAUCUGUCUUUUAUAGCUUUAUUCAGUAACUCAUAAAGAUACUUCACAGACGACAUCUCGGAAUUACACCACCUUUCUCUGACCGAACCAGCUUCAGACGUCUCGGAAAGUCGUCGCAAGCGGCGCGCACGUGCUCCAUCGGUAUCUCAUCUCGUCCCAGAUUUUCGUGAUAACUCGCUUGAAUUGCUCCAAAUUUAUUAUUUGUUAUUCGGAGACGACGGAGGCCAUUCAUUCUUCGAAAUGAAAUCGGUCAAGUUUUCCUCACACCACACCUGAACAUCCUUUGCGGUGUGGGAUGGGGCGUCAUCUUACGGGAAGCAGUAGUAAUCGUCUUCAAACAAUAGUUUAGCUUGAAGCAAAAAAAUUUUCUUCAAAACCGUGUCUAGGUAGUACGCUACGUUGACUUUAACCCCUUUAUCAAUAAAAAUAAGAGACAGUUUACCUCUCUUGCAUAUGACUCCCUCAUUUGCAAGCAGGAGCUUGCUGGAGGCUCACACUCCAAACUCGAUCAUUUUGGCGAUUGACUGUUUGCUCCAAAACGAACAGCUUCUCGUCCGAAAAAAUAAUCUCGUCAUCUGCGCGCCAACCGAGCAGCGAUAACAGCUUCUCUUAACUCUGCCAUGGCUCACAACCCAAUGUAAACAAACUGCACAGAAACGAAACUCUGCCACUUUGGGCAGCAAAGUUAGCACUUUCAUUUGACAUAAAGAUGGUGCAACGUGUAGGCUACAGACGACCCCAAAAAAGUGUGACCGGACUUUUUUGUCACCCUGUACAGAUCUAUAAAUGCACUUCUUCAGAUCUACGAACGGUUAUUGAAAUUUGUGUAUCUUGAGGAUAUCCUAAGGGGUUUCAGCGGAAUACAUACUAGAAACUUCGGGUUUAAAGAUUACCCAUAAAAAGAUAUCGUCCAAAAAAUGUCUAUAAUCUAGUAACAUAUUGCAAUCCUAUGAAAGCAUGUAGAGACUAAGACAAGUUUACUUAUCAAGACUGUUAAGUGAGGUUGAUAUCGGAUCGUUUCCGUGGCGCUAUUUACGGAGGUUCGUGAAACUUACAGCUGAAGAUGAUUCACAUGUUACCUACUUACUACCUUUUUUCCGUACAUAUGAAAGUGUACUUGAAAUAUCACACACAUAUUUGAAACCACGUCAGGUGGCAUACUGUUUUAGUUGCUUUAUCAAUAUGUGGAAUCCAUCACCACUUGUCUCUCUUGAUAGAUAAUACUCUUCGAUUUAGGGUUUCACAUGCUUGAAUUCGUUCAUCACAAUCUCCGAGCAAAGUAAAAUCGAUGAUGUACCCCAAAUGCAUUAGUAGUGAACACAACCAUUUACUAUUCCGCCAUAUGUCACCAAACAACGGUUGAGAGUUUGGCAGGAAGAAAUUAGCAGAUCAUCGAUAGUCGAAUAAUAAACUAUCGUCACACGACGAACCGGGGACUUCUUGACCAAGGUGGUUUUCAUAAAAAAAAAUAAUAUUAAUAAUCUAAAUACAUAAUCAUCCCCUCAAUACAAUCGAGAGAAAAUCAACAUGAGUAACGCGCUCUGUAUCAACCGUUGAACAAAACAAAAUAACAUGUAACUGAAAGUGUGAUCGUACUCACCAUCUAUUUUCAACCUAUUUCUAAAAUAAGCAAAUGACAGCCAAUAUGCGAAUAUUAUAACUAAAAACAAGCGAUGAAAUGGUAAUUGAAGACAGAAAAAAACAUUAAGCAUAUCAUAGCGAUGAAAAUUUUGUGAAAACAGAAGCUGAACGGGUGUUUGCUUGCCACACACACACUCUUGAAACCCAACACAUAAACUAAAAAAAACACCUAAAUACACGGGAAUAGGAGGGAAUAAAGGAACAAAAUCACUGAACGCAAAAAUAUAUUAGGGGUGAACUCGAUUUUUUUAUACGAAAGAGUUUACUAUCUUUACCACCUGCACCAAGUGUAUCGGAUGAGCUACGAUUGCGUAAAUUAAAAGCUUUUUUCAUCAGUUCUUGGCAACCCUGAAUGUGUACGUUAGCUUUACUCAACCACAGAAAAAAAAAUCGUAAGCUAAAGCCCAAAUCUAAACCAAAUUUGACCGGUCCACUAUUUUGAAUGCAAUGGUCUCGGUUAGCAACAUUUUUGAAUAUCAAUCUCAGCAAACCGUAAAAUUCCAUAUUAAUAAAAACAAAAAAAAAACAAUCGAAAGCCAAAUACACCUACCGAAACACUCCGGCGUUGUCGGAUUCAGACUACUUUGAUUGAAAAAGCUUACUUUUUUUACCAUGCAACUCGCAAUUUUACACCAGAUACACGUUUAUAGAUUUUUUAACAAGACACUUUUUCAGAUGCAGAGCACUUUUGUGCUUACCCCUUGAUGGAUAAAAAGUUUUGGUUCCCAGCUAACUAAACGUAUGACCGUAAAGUAAUGAAGUAAAAGUGUUGAGCACGAGAAGAUGCUGCGCUUUAAGUUGAAAUUGAACAAAUCUAAGAAAAACAUCAGAACAGAUAUAUUCAUCACUAUUAAGAAAAAGGUUACAAGAAACUGCUAAUGAAAAAAAAAUGAUGGAAUAGAGACAAAACAAAGGCACACAAACCAACUCACGAGAUCUAACCAGCUAAAGAUUUAAUGUUUUUUUUUUAUAGAUACUAAUAGUAUCAUACUAUCUUUAAGCUUAAAAUGGGUCGAAAAAGUCUUGGUCCAUUUGAGUUUUGAGACGCAAAAACGAAACAGAGUUGGGACUCGUGGCAGCAGUUUCGACCAAACAGACGAAAUAUUACAGGCAAGUUACGAAAACACACGUUUUAGUGUACAAAUUUUGAUUUUUAGGAGAAUUUUCGGUUCCACGCUAGAUUUAGUUUGCUAUCAAUUACUGAACUAAAGCGUUAAAGUAGCUUUUUUUUAAAUUCAUGAAAAGCUUCUAAGUAUUGGAAAAUCACAGAAAUCUAGUUUAGCUUUUGAUAAAUAAACGAAACCAAAAAAAAAACAUCACACAGGUGAUUGAAGUUGAUCAUUUUAUUUAUUGUUCGAUAUGAUUUAGCGAAUUAUUAAGUUCAGCUCUUGAAUCGCAGAUGACCAUAUUUUGGUUUCUCCUAGAAUUUUCGAGCGUAAUUUGAAAUAAUGGGUUGAUGUUAUUUCGUAUUAUUGUAGACUAUUUAUGGUAGUUGGAAGUAAAAUCAAGUUCAAGAUGGAAUUAAACGAAAUUUAACAAAUUAUUGCAAUAUCAAACCAACUGAAUAGAAACAAAAAAAAAACACUUUAUAACCAAAAAAACACGCUAGAAUAAACAAUUGCAAACAAACAUUGAAUAUACACUGAAAAAAAUAACCAUUAGAAUUCGAUAUCAUGUGAAUAACACAGAAUUCCGGAAUAGAAAUCAAUUUUCCCAACGUGGUUAGGCCAACUCAAAGAUCAUACAGAAUUUAACAAACACUUACAGCGUUUUCGUUCGUUUUCCAUUAGCUCAGUUGGAUACUUUUUCUUCAUAAACAAACAAAGUCGUCUCCCGGGACGAUGCAUAUGAAUUGUGGUGACGAUUUUGUUUGAAUAUGAAGUUUGCCACUGCCUCGGUGCCAGUGAAAAAUAAACGAAAACGCUAUCAGCCUCAUUUUUGUUUGUUCCAACUGAGAUGAUGGCUAUAUCGUUAUUUUCUCUAAUGAUUCUCAAUUUCUUAUCUAAGGCAAUCUAAGCAACUUUCUGCGAACGCAUUUCCUUAACCUACUUGAUUUUUUCUUGCUCAGCGAAAAUCUAUCUUUCAAGAUCGCUAGAGUUUUUUAUGUAUAACUAUUUAAUUAGCCAUUUUUCAACCAACCAUCACGUCAGAAGACCCAUUGAAUGGGGAAAAACCAUUAAUCACUUUAACAACCUUAUAGAGAAUGAGUCAUAAAACUUCAAUCAUUUAUCUUAUAUUUCUCAAUCGCGGAAAUUUAUACAAUAAAAAAAAGCGAAAAACAACUCAACGCCGAUCAAAUCAAAUCCAACUCCACUUGUUCGAAUCUCUCUGUAUUUACUCACAUACUAUCUUACUUCUCCGAAGAAUCACCUUUGAAAAUCAUCUAUUUGCACCGUAACAAAAACCGUAACGGAGAUGUAAAAACACUUCCCUAUCCCGAUGCACACCAUCAAACAAAUUCACCGUUACAAAUAUUUAUCAACAAAAAAAUAUAAGCCGCAAUCACAGACAGUAUUCACGCGCCCAAAGAUAAUGAGCGAUAAAAAAGAAAAAAAAAAUCUACCAAACGUAUCUAGGUAAAUCAUAGAAAAACUAAGCUAAUUUAAAAAUUAAAACGAACAAAAAUGAGAAAAACAGGAACAAAACCAGACCGAUACUAAGUGUUAAAUAUGUACGAAGAAUAAACACAAAAAUAGCAACAUUAAUUACCAACCAUCACAGUACGACCAUUAUCACAGAUCGAAAAAAUCUAGAAGAGUAAAAAAAACGAAACAAACAUCAAUCGCCACGCAAAUGUGAAAAACAUGCACACAUAAUAAGCGAAUCGCAUAUAUUCAUCCAUUACAGGCUAUAGACGGUAUAGGCAAGUUGAUUAAACUAACAAGAUAAAAAAACAAACCAAAAUUCAUAGUAGGCCGUGAAAUCAAUGCGACAAACAACAUAUGUAAGAGAACCAUAAGAAAAAACUAAACAAGUCAUACAUCUGUAGGAGGAAGCAAAAUACUCUGAUUCCACCACUGCCACAAUAAAGUAACAUACCAAAUGAACAUAAGAAUUAACAAAGAAUAUUCAUACAGAGCAAAAUUAAACCAAAACGAAUUAUGAGAAAAGGUAUAUUUGGAAGCGAACGUCAAAGAGAAAAAAAAUUGGCUUUUGUUUCGGGACAGAUCUAGAUCGGUUGGAAAAAACAAUUUACAACUGACUGACGCUAAAGGUGUGGUUAUCAACACGGUAACAGUAACAACAAUAGAAAAUUCGAAGCGGAAAAUUGAAAACAUGAACAUUCUUAUACAAAAAAAAAAACAAUAGCUGUGGUGUGGUGUGAAAAGCAAACGAUAGAAAAGAAAAAGGUCUGCAAACUAGAGGACACACAAAGACAAAGAUCACAUCACUUAUGGUAACCGAACACUGUUGCCAGUUGCUAGGGAAAAGAAAUAAAAAGGAGAAACGAGAGAAAAAAUAGAUCAAUUCAAGCGCGUGGAGUGAAAUAAAUGAACACACACACAUAAAUUCACAAAAUAUGCAAAAUGGUACAGCACGGCAUGGACGGAAGAAGAAAAAGAUGGAGAGGAGAAUAAAUCUACUAAUAAUAAUUAUUAAAAGUAAUGGAAAAAUAUUGAAAAUAUGAAUAAUGAUAUGUUAUGAAAAUAUAUAAAUAUAUACAUGAUAAAUAUUGAA